UGAACUCAAAAUGAAUUCUUACUCGACAAACUUCGCGCGGGACCGAGGCACCCGAAACACGCAUUUAUGAUCUAGUCAAUAUUCUUCUUUGCUCCAUACCACUAUUGUCACAAUGCCAAUCAACCAGCCUUCGAACCAAAUCAAACUCACUAAUGUGUCUAUCGUCCGGUUAAAGAAAGGUGGAAAGCGGUUUGAGAUCGCUUGCUACAAGAAUAAAGUACAGGAAUUUAGGAAUGGAGUCGAAAACAAUCUCGACGAUGUUCUGCAAAUCAGCAAUGUCUUCAUGAAUGUAUCCAAGGGUGAAGUUGCAAAACAUGGCGAUCUCAAAAAGGCUUUCGGAACAACUGAAAUAUCAGAAAUCGUAUCCGAGAUUUUGAAGAAAGGUGAAGUGCAAGUGGGUGAAAAGGAAAGAGAACAUGAUCAAUCUGCGUUACGCAAAGAGAUCGCUACAUUGGUUGCAGAGAAAUGUGUAGACCCAGCUACACAGCGACCUUAUCCCGUGGGCAUGAUUGAGAAGGCGAUGUCAGAAGCUGGAUAUAGUCUCAAACCAAAUAAGAAUGCCAAGAGCCAGGUAUCGGAUUGCAUUAAAAGCCUUCAAUCCGAUUCAACCCUUCCCAUACAGCGUGCACGCAUGCGUGUUCGUGUAACCGUGCCGAAUGUGGACAGUGAACGUCUACGCAACAAGGUUUCAGAAGGUGCCGAGAAAAUAGAAGAGGAGAUAAUGGGCCAGAAUGACUGGGAAGUGAUCUUGCUCAUAGACCCCAGUCAGUUCCGAGUGAUCAACGAACUGUUGCAAAAGGAAUGUAAAGGGAAAGGUCGAAUUGAAACGAUGACUUUUGCUGCUGCAACAGCAUCGUAGUGUGUCAUGUAUUAUGAUUGUGGCCUACUUUUCGACUGUCUCCACAAUCAAGUCCUCCGGUAGUCCAACCAGGAAUAUGUAUCGAUACUUACAAUCUUAAAUUGAUAUUUUGCCUGAUGCCGGGGGAAACCUGGUCAUCUCGACUCGAUAAUUCAA